AUGGCGGUCAGAGCACAGGGACAGACACGGGCAGAGCAAGUCAGCCCCAGGACAGCCCAAGGACAGCCCCAGGACAGCACCAGGACAGCCCAAGGACAGUCCCAGGACAGCCCCAGGACAGCCCCAGGACAGCCCCAGGACAGCCCCAGGACAGCCCCAGGACAGCCCCAGGACAGCACCCAGGACAGCCCCAGGACAGACCCAGGACAGCCCCAGGACAGUCCCAGGACAGCACCCAGGACAGCCCCAGGACAGAACCAGGACAGCACCAGGACAGAACCAGGACAGACCCAGGACAGUCCCAGGACAGACCCAGGACAGUCCCAGGACAGCCCCAGGACAGCCCCAGGACAGACCCAGGACAGUCCCAGGACAGACCCAGGACAGUCCCAGGACAGCCCCCAGGACAGCCCCAGGACAGACCCAGGACAGCCCCAGGACAGCCCCAGGACAGCCCCAGGACAGCCCCAGGACAGUCCCAGGACAGCCCCAGGACAGCCCAGGACAGUCCCAGGACAGCCCCAGGACAGCCCAGGACAGCCCCAGGACAGCCCAGGACAGGCCCAGGACAGCCCCAGGACAGCCCCAGGACAGACCCAGGACAGUCCCAGGACAGCCCCAGGACAGCCCCAGGACAGUCCCCAGGACAGCCCCAGGACAGCCCCAGGACAGCACCCAGGACAGCCCAGGACAGCCCAGGACAGCACCAGGACAGGGACAGCACCAGGACAGCCCCAGGACAGCCCCAGGACAGCCCCAGGACAGAACCAGGACAGCACCAGGACAGCCCCAGGACAGCCCCAGGACAGCCCCAGGACAGAACCAGGACAGCCCCAGGACAGACCCAGGACAGUCCCAGGACAGCCCCAGGACAGUCCCAGGACAGCCCCAGGACAGCCCCAGGACAGCCCCAGGACAGGACAGGACAGGACAGCCCCAGGACAGCCCCAGGACAGCCCCAGGACAGCCCCAGGACAGCCCCAGGACAGCCCCAGGACAGCCCCAGGACAGUCCCAGGACAGCCCCCAGGACAGCACCAGGACAGCCCCAGGACAGCCCCAGGACAGCCCCAGGACAGUCCCAGGACAGCCCCAGGACAGCCCCAGGACAGCCCCAGGACAGGCCCAGGACAGCCCCAGGACAGCCCCAGGACAGCCCCAGGACAGCCCCAGGACAGCCCCAGGACAGUCCCAGGACAGCACCAGGACAGCCCCAGGACAGCCCCAGGACAGAACCAGGACAGUCCCAGGACAGCCCCAGGACAGCCCCAGGACAGCACCAGGACAGUCCCAGGACAGCCCCAGGACAGUCCCAGGACAGAACCAGGACAGCCCCAGGACAGCCCCAGGACAGCCCCAGGACAGAACCAGGACAGCACCAGGACAGCCCCAGGACAGGCCCAAGACAGCCCCAGGACAGUCCCAGGACAGCCCCAGGACAGUCCCAGGACAGCACCAGGACAGCCCCAGGACAGUCCCAAGACAGCCCCAGGACAGUCCCAGGACAGCCCCAGGACAGUCCCAGGACAGCCCCAGGACAGCACCAGGACAGCCCCAGGACAGAACCAGGACAGAACCAGGACAGCCCCAGGACAGUCCCAGGACAGCCCCAGGACAGCCCCAGGACAGCCCCAGGACAGCCCCAGGACAGCCCCAGGACAGAACCAGGACAGCACCAGGACAGAAACAGGACAGCACCAGGACAGCACCAGGACAGUCCCGGGACAGCACCAGGACAGCCCCAGGACAGGCCCAAGACAGCCCCAGGGCAGUCCCAGGACAGCCCCAGGACAGUCCCAGGACAGCCCCAGAACAGCCCCAGGACAGCACCAGGACAGUCCCAGGACAGCCCCAGAACAGCCCCAGGACAGCACCAGGACAGUCCCAGGACAGCCCCAGGACAGCCCCAGGACAGCACCAGGACAGCCCCCGGACAGUCCCAGGACAGCCCCAGGACAGCACCAGGACAGCCACAGGACAGCACCAGGACAGCCCCAGGACAGCACCAGGACAGACCCAGGACAGACCCAGGACAGCCCCAGGACAGUCCCAGGACAGCCAGUGUAGGUUUUGUGACAAUCAUCGCAGGUACAAACUACUGAUGGGGGCAGUGUAG